GUGGAUAUAUAGAGGAGGGUUUCAGCUGCUGAGGGAACACUUCUCUUUGUCCCGACUUUAGAGAGCAUCUGAAACAAUGAGUGGCCGCGGCAAAACCGGUGGAAAAGCCAGAGCCAAGGCAAAGACCCGCUCCUCCCGUGCUGGGCUCCAGUUCCCAGUCGGCCGUGUCCACAGGCUGCUGCGCAAAGGAAACUAUGCGGAGCGUGUCGGUGCCGGCGCCCCCGUCUACCUGGCGGCUGUGCUGGAGUACCUGACCGCUGAGAUCCUGGAGUUGGCUGGAAACGCUGCCCGCGACAACAAGAAGACCCGUAUCAUCCCCCGUCACCUGCAGCUGGCUGUCCGCAACGACGAGGAGCUCAACAAGCUGCUGGGCGGAGUGACCAUCGCUCAGGGCGGCGUGCUGCCCAACAUCCAGGCUGUUCUGCUGCCCAAGAAGACCGAGAAGGCCGCCAAGUCCAAGUAAACCUGGACACUCUCUGACUGCUGGAAACCAGCCCCCCAAAACGGCU